AUGCAUCAAGUACAAUACAGUUAAAUUUGGAGCGACAAUUUUUAACUUAAAAUUGCCAAAAAGUUUUAUAGUCAGAAAUGUUUUGAUUUCCAUAUAGAGCUAAAAGACCAUUUUCACAAAGUAUGGAAAUGUUAUUUUUGAUU